AUGUCUACAAUACAGCCAGCAGGCGGAGAGAACAAUGUGGAUCAGUGCGAUGACCAGCCCGGGCAGAAACGCAGACGGAUUGCCCUCGCCUGUACAGCCUGCCGCACGCGCAAGUCUCGUUGCGAUGGUACCCGACCAAUAUGCAAGCUAUGCAGGCGCAUGGGCUUUGAUUGCAGUUAUGAGAUGCCUCAAUCUGCCACAAACCUGAUUAUUAACAAGGAUAUCUUUGCCAGCCUGGAGAAUCGUGUCAAGCUUCUCGAGAACGUGGUUAGUGAGCAUACAAAACACCUCAGCGACACCAGAAAUGCCCAGACUAUUUGCAACACACCUUCAGAAUCUGUUGAAUCUCUGGCCGACAACAACCAGCAGGCAAUACAUUCUUCCUCCCCUGCACCACUCAGAAUACUCAUCAACGUACCAGCGGAUCAGGAGCAGCCACUCGAGGAUGCGACGGAUGGCAUGGCCAUUACUUUAACGGAUGAUCAGGAAUCCAUCUAUUUUGGUCCUUCCUCGAACAUCGCAUUUACGCGACAUAUCGACGACCUGCUCAAAAAGCACCAUACUUGCCGGGAAGAUGUAGCCACAUCAUCAAGUCACAAAACCAUCUUCGGUGCCACGACGUCUCGCCGUCGCCGUCCGUUCCCUUUCUUUUCCAACGACGCGAGGUCGGCAAAUGACGCACCAGCCAAUGUCUUGCCGUCCCAGAUCGAAACCGAGCUUCUCCUCGACCAUUAUUUUAACAACACUGGACUCCUUUUCCCGUAUAUUGACAAAAUUGAAUUUCUGGAGACAUACAACCAACUCAAAGCCCGAGGGUAUUCUUCUCAGGUUAGACGAUCCUGGCUAGUCCUGCUCAAUGUUGUGAUGGCCAUGGCGCGCUGCACCGCAACCGCUCCGGACCUCGAUACAUCCAUCUGCGUCACACCCGCAACCGUCUUUUACCAACGAGCCAAGGAGUUAAGCGAGGUCUCUGACACCCAUGGGCCGCAAGGAAUACACCUUGAAAAUGUGCAAUAUCUCCUUCUUAUGAGCCAGUAUCUACAAGGGGCACAUGAGCCUCUGAACACGUGGAUGGCGCACGGUCUUGCGGUCAAAUCAGCCCUCGCCAUUGGACUUCACUCCAGGGAAACACUUGCUAGACUCUCACUCACCGAGCAAGAAAUACGAAAAAGAACGUGGCAAGGAUAUGGAACUACCAUUCGGAGUCUUUGCAUGACGUUUGGACGACCCAGCUCCAUCCCAGACGAAUAUUGCCAGCUUAAUUUGCCCAACCCUCUUCCCGUGGCGGACUUGCAUGAGAAUGCGAGUAUAGACUUCUAUAAUGCAACCAUACUACUAUACAAAAUACUUUGGAAGAUUCUUGCAAAGCUGUACGACAACAAUAUGGGCUGCCAGAAUAUUGACUACAAUCACGGUCUUGCCGGCACCGUUUUCCAACUGUCACAGGAGCUCGAGGACUGGCAAAAGAGCCUGCCAUCUGCCAUGUCUGUUUGGUCAGCAGCGAAGCUGGCGAGCAACCGCGAGCAUACCCAAAACGAAACGCAAGCACGGGAAGACGACCCCGUGCUGGUGCGGUUCCAUUUGAUUCUAACGCUGCGAUAUUUGUAUGUGCAGAUACUUUUGUACCGGCCGGUUCUCAUCUUCGUACUCAAGGACAAGGUGGAGGGCAAUGCAACGGCAUCGCACGGUUAUCGCAUUGUCACAGUAUUUGCUCAAAACUGUUUGACAGCUGCAGAAGACAUAAUCCGCCUCAGCCAUAAUAUUUUAACCUGCCCUACAAUGGGAACUCGUGUAUUGGGUGCGUGGUGGUACACGUAUUACUAUGUAUUCAAUGCUGCGUUGGUCGUCUUCAGUAGCAUCCUGCUCCAUCCAGACAACAGCUCUCCCUCUGCGGCGGAGACACAGGAUGCGCAACCAUUUUCAAAAGAGAAGCAAAGCAUUCAGGAUGCCAUCGAUGCACUGCUCUGCCUUUGUGAAGACAAUCCAGUACUAGAACGUUGCAUUAAGCAUCUGCGAUAUCUUCUAACUCUGGUAGAUGAGUACACGCUGCCUGUGGAGGCUCCAGCGAGUCUUGCUAGUGUGAGCGCCCCCGUCAUGGUCGAUGCUGCAGGGGACAAUGCCCCUAUGGAUGCUGCUAGUGGCACUCACAACGGGCUUGUAUCUAGCCAAGACCUCGCUCUUCGUGCCGAGAUGGGUAGUCUCAAUGAAAGCCCCCUCUCCGCUGUUGACUUUCAGAGCUGGCUCGAGAGUCUUACAAGCAUGUAG